CUGAGCUCAUCAGGCGAAGAAGAAAACACCGAGCCCACCACAACGUGAGAGCCAUGCCGAAAUCUAAGAGGGACAAGAAAGUUUCUUUAACCAAAACAACCAAGAAGGGGUUGGAAGCCAAGCAAAACCUGAUUGAAGAGCUGCGGAAAUGCGCAGACAUCUACAGAUACGUGUUUGUGUUCUCAGUAGAAAACAUGAGAAACAACAAACUAAAAGACAUCAGGACGGCCUGGAAACACAGCCGGUUCUUUUUCGGUAAGAACAAAGUCAUGAUGAUCGCACUGGGUAAAGGACCGACAGACGAGUACAAAGAUAAUCUGCAUAAAGUGAGCAAGUUUCUCAGAGGUGAAGUAGGUGUAUUGUUCACAAACAAAACAAAAGAUGAGGUUCAAGAAUAUUUCAGUAACUUUAAAGAGGUGGAUUACGCUCGAGCGGGAAACGUAGCAACCAUGGCCAUGACGCUGGAUGAAGGUCCGCUGGAGCAGUUUCCACACUCGAUGGAGCCUCAGCUCAGACAGCUGGGCCUCCCUACAGCGCUCAAGAAAGGUGUGGUGACAUUGAUAAAAGAUUUUGAAGUGUGUAAAGAGGGAGACACACUCACACCUGAACAGGCUCGAAUUCUGGUGAGUUUGUACCACUAA